AUGGAGGAGUUUGUUUCCAUGAAAGGUUUUAUUUUCCAUUGGUGUGGUGGGCCAUCCCAUCGAUGGAUCAUCUCAUCCAUUCAUUAUCAAUAUAUCAUUUGUUGGGUUUGGGUUAAUGCAGUGGCACAAAGUGUAGGUGUGAAUUAUGGAAUGUUGGGUGACAACCUUCCAACCCCAGAUAAGGUGGUGGAACUUCUCAAGUCUAGAAAAAUCAAGAUGGUUCGCCUUUUCGACCCAAAUCCCGGCGCACUCAAAGCUCUAGAAGGUUCUGGAAUUGACGUCAUCCUCGGUGUCCGUAACGAAGAUCUCCAAAAGCUCGGGAGCGAUUCGACCUUUGCGGCCACUUGGGUAAGCACCAAUGUGGUUCCCCAUGCCAAUGCAGUCCAUUUUCGAUAUGUAUCCGCCGGCAAUGAGGUAAUUCCCAGUGGUCUAGCUGUUAAUGUGCUCCCAGCCAUAAAGAACAUUGCAACCGCCGUGAAAGCUGCCAAUCUGCCAAUCCCUGUCAGCACUACUGUAGGUACCCAAGUACUUGGGGCGUCCUUUCCUCCAUCCAGCGGUUCAUUUUCGGAAGAGGUGGGCCCCAUCAUGGCCCCCAUCGUAGCUUAUCUAGAGGCCAACAGGGUUCCACUACUAGUAAAUGUGUAUCCAUAUUUUGCUUAUGCAGCUGACCCUAAGAAUGUAGGGUUGGAUUAUGCACUCUUCAAUGCUACAAAGCCCGUCGUGAUCGAUGGGACCUGCAAGUAUUUCAACCUAUUUGAUGCCAUGAUCGACGCGGUGUACUCGGCACUUGAGAAGGUGGGUGGGCCAUCGGUGGAGAUCGUGGUCUCAGAGACCGGAUGGCCGUCGAGGGGGAACGGCAACAUGGCGACAAUCCCAAAUGCGAUGACCUACAACAACAAUCUGAUCACACACUUGAAUGGGACACCAAAGAGGCCAGGAAAGGAGAUAGAGACAUACAUAUUUGCAAUUUUCAAUGAGGAUGAAAAACCAGUUGGGACUGAGCAGAACUUUGGCCUAUAUUAUCCAAAUAUGACUGAGGUCUACCAUGUUGAUUUUCCUUGA